AUUAAAACAUUUGACAAAUAAAACACAUUUUGGGACAAAAAAAGCGUUGAAUUGUUGAUAAAACCGCGGCUUUAAUUGAGUUGUCUUUUUAGCUGAUCCAACAGAUCCAGCGACAGAAUGCCACGCGUGAGGCGAUGGCCGAACACAUAUCGGCCGCCAAACACCCACUACUCGACCCCUCGGCCCCCGUUUGACAUCUAUAUGGUCGACGACUUCUUCCCAAGAGUCGCCCCAAUCAACGAUCACGACAACCAACUCUCGGCCGCAAUUCUGGCCCGCAAUGCAGACCUGACGCCCACUCCCGAAGAGCAGACAAAUAUCAUUAAUAUGGUGUCAAAAGUGCAGAUAGUGUUGGAAAACAUUACUUUAAAUCCGGGAACCUUUGACGCCUGUGUGAUCGAUGAGGUCCGACCGGUCGGCUCCUUCAAGAAGGGAACGAUGAAAAUACAUCACAAUAUCGCAGAUCUGGUGGUUAUACUGAAGACACUGCCCGUUAUGGACGCCAUUCAGACGUUGGGCGCGAAAGUGAUGGAAGAGUUGGUGAAAAUAGAGACCACUUCGGAGGUCGUAAUGGAGGAGAACUCGAGUGGUUUCGAUGUGAUCAACAAAACGACAAACUCUACGGUCCGCAUACUUAUCGCCACAAUUAUGCCGAAUCUCCGCAAACUGGACGCGAAGGUUCAUUUGCCGAUGAAACUGAUCCAAAGACAUCUGUCGGCCAUACGUCACGCGCGUUGGUUCGAGGAGUCGGCGAAUCUGACGACUGUUAAGGUCCUGAUCCGAGUGCUACGAGACGUGUGCUCCCGGUUUGAGGGCUUGAAUGCGUUGUCUCCGUGGAUGAUAGACGUGUUGUCGCACUAUUCGGUGACAUUCCGUCAUCAGCAGUCACUCUUGCCAUUGAAUAUGGCAUUCAAACGGGUCUUUCAACUGCUGGCCGGCGGACUCUUUUUACCCGGGUCGACUGGCAUAUCGGACCCGUGCGAGAACGGAGCCAUCACUCUAUACAGUCCGCUGUCUCUCAUGCAAGAGGACACCAUUUGUAUGACCGCACAGACACUGCUCCGCAUUUUGAGUUACGGCGACGGAUAUAAAGUGAUACUCGGCUUAGAGGCCGACGAGACGGGCAUAACCGAGAAUAUGUCGGUUUGGGAUACAGUAGUGGUGGCGCCGAGUACUGCAGCCUUUGAAUUGCCGCCAAGAGAUGACGACAUGGAAGCGGAGGACGACGAGAAGGCCAAGAGUGCCGACGCUAUGGUUGGGUUAGUGUCCGCUUAGGAACCGUAUCUCUACUCAAUUUAUCCUUAAUUUAACGAUCAUUUGAUUGCAUGUGUUUUGAGGAACCACUUGAAGGACUAAAUUAAAUCUAUUUAUAAUUGGAUUAUAAUUUGUAGCCAUUAUUUAUAAUUAAAAAACAUUCAUUUCGUGACAAUUAAGUAAAACUAAUGUAAAGCAAAACAUUUUAUUUAUACAGUAUUCUUACAAAUAAAGUCGUUUUUUGCAUUUUA